GCACAAGCCGAAUUAAAUAAUUCAGGAAUUUUGAACAUGAGUGUCUUCGUAUGUGUGACCUCAUCAUAUUGUUUGUCAUAUGUGUAUCUGUGAACUAGGGCAUUCCUUGUCUCAAAGAAAAUCAAAUCUCCCAGUUUUUGGUGCGCGAUUAGAACGUUUGGUAUUUAGCGAGAUUAUCGAUCAACACGAUAUUGAAUCAAAAAUGUCGACACGAAGAUCUGGACCAGCACCACAGAUACAACCCCAGCUAUCCCUUUCAUACGGAGAACCAGAGAAAAAGCAGCGCAGCAAGUGUAUGACAUUUGUGUGUUGCAUGUGGAAAGUGUUUACUUGCAUUUUCUCGCACGUGACUUUGGUAGCUACAGUGGUAGCGUACUGUUUUCUUGGUGCAUUUACCUUUGAGCAUUUAGAAGCCGAAAAUGAACGCAACGUAAAAAAAGGUAUAAGUUCGAUUCGGGAAAAUCUAACGGACUCUAUAUGGAAAAUGACAAACGAUCGGCCAGUGUUACAUCAACAAAAUUGGACAUCAACUGCCUUAUCUCAUUUACAGUCAUUCGAAAAAGAAAUACUGACGGCCAUGAAAAAAGACGGUUGGGAUGGCAACGAAGACGUAAAUCAAAUUCAGUGGACAUUUUUUGGUGCUCUUUUUUAUUCCAUUAUUGUCAUUACAACAAUCGGUUACGGUCACAUUGCUCCCAAAACGUACAUGGGAAAGAUAUCAACCAUAUUCUACGCGAUUCUCGGGAUUCCACUUAUGCUGUUGUGUUUAUCCAAUAUUGGUGACAUCAUGGCCAGUUCAUUUAGGUUCCUGUAUUGGCGCGUUUGCUGUUAUGUUUGUACACGUGAACCAAAGAGACCUAGUUCUAGACGCAGUCGAAAUAGUCGAGGUACUGUUAGACAAAGUCGUAGUUCCAUGCGAACCGGACAAGGACCAGGGUCAUUAAGAAGAUCUGUUCGUAACUCACAAAGGUCCGCAGAUUCUGGAUUCGACCCUUACUACGAACCGGGUUUAUCGCAUUCCUAUUCUGAUACAGAUUGUAGAUACAAUGCGGCAAUGGAUGAUCCAUACUAUACGGAAAACGAUCGAAGGGUAAAUCACCAAGCCAAUCAAUCUUUGAAGUAUGACAUGCCAAACUCGAGCGGAGCAGGUGGUCAGCGUCAGAAAAUGCGUGGACCUUCAAACGCCGACGCCUUUAUCGACGACGACUAUUUACUAGAAUCGCAGUCACUGAAACGACCUCCUACACAAUCUCGUGCCGAAUCUGCCGGGACAGACCACUCCCAAAGGUCGCUUCAGAAAUCUCGACUAAUUGAAAAGGAAAAGGAAUAUAGGAAAAGAGCAGGUGAAAAUAGAGCUCAAUCCAUGGAUAGGCGUAUGUUUCAACAUGACUCCCAAAUGGACGAAGAUUCGCCGUGCAAAACGCCAAUUCUAUGCAACAAGUAUGCCAUAGAGAACCAUGAUGAGCCGGUGAAACAAACCAGAUCGAACCCUCGUAGCCAGUCAAUGCCACGGCAAACACGAUAUGGAGAUCGCUUGCUACCUGAUCGUCUGCCAUACUAUACAGAAGAUAAUGAAUUGGCCGAAAUGCAAACAGUACGCAAAUCAUUGCCGAGGCGUCGCGAGCCUCGUCCUGUCCCAGCUCCUUCGCCACGCAUUAUGUCACCAAUGGGAUUUGCGGUUCACCGUCAAGCACGCCAUUUGCAGAAUGUAAUGGACGAUAAUUCGCUCUAUGAUGAUGAAUGGGAUAUGCAUAGUGGUGAGUUGCCACCUUCUUCAAUCGUGCGACCUGUACCAAUUUGGUUGUGCGUUUUCCUGGUCGUGAGCUAUAUCAUCGCUGGAGCAUUUAUGUUUUCUGAAUGGGAGGAAUGGAGUUUCUUAGAUUCAGCGUAUUUUUGCUUUAUAACGCUCACUACUAUUGGUUUUGGGGAUUUCGUGCCUGCUCAAGGAGUCAAAAAUGAUUCUGAAAUUUCAAUAGCACUCUGCUCACUGUAUUUGUUGUUUGGAAUAGCUCUUCUAGCCAUGAGUUUCAAUCUAGUGCAAGAAGAAGUUAUUUCAAAUGUGAAAAGCGUUGCUCGACGACUCGGCAUUCUCAAGGAAGAAGAAAUGGAUGAUUAUUUAGUAGUAAUGGAACGAAAACGAUCAAUACGACGUCGGCAGAAGCCACCAUUUGCGGAAAGAGCAAAAGAUCAUUGCCGCAAUUUCACCGCAUUCAUGUUUAGUAAUGUCGGAAUUAUUUUUCUCGUGGUGUUAUAUAUGAUCGCAGGUGCUUUCAUGUUCAUAGCGAUAGAAGGGAACGAAGCAUUGGAAAGGUUUGCUCAAAUACCUUCUAAGAGAAAUGAAACAGCAAUGAAGUUAUGGCAAAUAUCUUGCUGUGAAGUGAAUGUUUUCAACAAAAGCAAUUUCGAAGAAAAAGUGGGAAACGAAAUACGCGCCUAUCAGGAGAAGAUUGUGCUUUGGGCCCGACGAGGGUGGCAAGGUAGUGAUAUUACGCUGGAAAGUGAAUCUCCAUGGAGUUUUUCUGGCGCAUUUCUAUAUUCAUUAACAGUGAUCACUACCAUAGGAUAUGGUAACAUUGUUCCAAGGACUGAAUGGGGUAAAAUUGCUACUAUUUUCUACACCAUUAUCGGUAUGCCACUCUUUCUGCUUUAUCUUUCAAACAUAGGAGACAUUUUGGCUAAGUCUUUCAAAUGGAUUUAUGCCAAAUUUUGUUUAUGUCGUGUGUGCCCAGGAGUAGCAAGGAGACGUGCUAUGCGAGCUAAACGUAGAGCACGUACAGAGGAACGCGACUACUCGUCCGAGACAGGAGAAAAUGGAUUCGAUACAUAUACAUUAUCGACUUCUAACGUUGACGAUGAAAUUGAGGAAGAAAUAACUGCCGAAACAAAUACUGUCACCGUUCCAAUAACCAUUUGUAUUAUGAUAAUGAUAGGGUAUAUAUUUUUCGGAGCUCGUCUUUUCGCUGACUGGGAAAACUGGGACAUUCUUGAUGGAAGCUACUUUUGCUUUAUUUCGCUAAGCAGUAUAGGUUUCGGAGAUAUUGUUCCAGGUGCCUCACUUCAAACGAAGGGAGAUACGAAAAUGGAAAUAAGCUUUAUACUGUGUGCCGUAUAUUUACUACUUGGAAUGGCUCUCAUUGCCAUGUGCUUCAAUCUGAUGCAGGAACAAGUCAUUUAUAAGAUUCGUUCUUUGAAGAAAUGUGUGAGAGGUUGUUUCCACUGCGCAAAGCCGAUCCCAGUACCCAUCGAGGAAGAUACGGUGGGCUGAAAAUGUGCUUUCUUUAUCCACAUUAUUGGAAGCUGUUAAAGACAAAUUAAAAACAUGAGUUUAUAUUUAUUUAAAGACAUCACUGAAAAGCAUUGCAGAUUUAUUAAAAAUAUGAAUAUUCGGAAAAUAAGCGAGAACAUUCCAAAAAAUUGACGUUUAUUUAACACCGUGUUCAUUAAAUUUUCCGUGUUGUUUAAUCGGGGUACCCAGGUACCCCGUUGAAAUUACUAAUGUAGUGUCAAAUGACUAUCAAACCGUCAUCGGUAAAUUGAUGCAAAUAAAAAUAUUUCAU